UGAUAUCUUUUGAUUGUAACGAAUGUUAACGAAUCGUGUAUAAAUUUGUACAAAAAGAAUAUUUAUUUUUCGAUUUGUGUGCAAUUUUUAGUAAUUUUUACAUUUGAUCGGUUUAUUUUAAUUGAUAAAGAAUUUAAUUUUUACCUUUAUUCUCUCAAUAGGAAGAUUUUAUGGAGAAUAAUGAAUGUGCAAGCAUGGAGGAUGACACCAAAUUGCACAUGCAGAUUCAGAUCGAGAAAUUGAAAAAUUUGCAAGCGAAACUAUCUACAGAAGCGGAGGAAGAUUAUGUUAUCAUCAAACAAGAACGAAGCGGCUAUGAUUCAGAGACGAGCGAGUAUUCAGAGGACUCGGCGGUGUACGAAGAUGUGUCGACUACAACCAAAAGUACUGGGCCGCGGAAGAAUAUCAAUAGGGGGAGGUGGACUAAGGAGGAGGAUAAGAAGUUAAAAAAUUAUGUAAGGAUGUACAAUGAGAACUGGGAGCUGAUAGCGGCCCACUUUUCCGACAGAUCAGACGUUCAGUGCCAACAGCGUUGGACGAAGGUCGUCAACCCCGAACUAGUCAAAGGUCCUUGGACCAAGGAGGAAGACGAAAAGGUUGUUGAGUUGGUAGCCAAAUACGGGCCAAAAAAAUGGACGCUUAUUUCACGGCAUCUCAAAGGCAGGAUAGGGAAACAAUGCAGGGAGCGCUGGCACAAUCAUCUAAACCCAUCAAUAAAGAAAACAGCGUGGACGGAACACGAAGAUCGCGUUAUAUACCAAGCACAUAAGCAACUUGGCAACCAGUGGGCUAAGAUAGCGAAGCUUCUGCCGGGCAGGACGGAUAAUGCAAUAAAAAACCACUGGAAUUCAACAAUGCGAAGGAAAUACGACCCAGAUUUGCUGGACAGUUUCGAGAGUAUACGACGAAAGCAGACGCGGGUAAAGCCUCAAGUGGCCACAUUCGAUAGUUUUAGUGUAUAUAGUGAAAGUGCUAAAGUGCCAGAACAAAAAGUGCAAACGCUCUAUAACGAACUAUGGGACGCUAUCCACAACGAGUCGACGCAAAGCAACUCGUCCACAACCAGUCAGCCGUCGAAACAGAUGUUACAUUGCAGACAGCUGUUGAAGAAUCAAUUGAACAGUUUGCAACAGAAGCCCAAGUCGCCUGAAAGGGAACUAGUGGCGGCCGACAUGGAGAUUGUUGAAUCGCCUUUUAAGUUUGUGAAUAUAGAUUCGUUACCUUCAAACUCCCCUCUCAAGAACUACUUCACGCCGGCUGCGACCAACGACACUGGCAACCAGGAUGCUGUUGCAUACGCAGUACAACCGGAAUCUAUUAAAGAGGUGGUCGUUCCAUCUGUAUAUACAUCGCCCAAGAAGAAACCGUCAGAGAAUAGUCCGCCUCCGAUACUGCGACGGAAAGCAAAGAAAACACAGGGCACGCCCAACCCUAAUGCGUGGGCAGAUACGUUAAACAGGAUAGAGUCAAGAGAGAGUGGUAUAACGCCAAUAAAGGCUCUACCGUUUAGUCCGUCGCAGUUCCUUAAUUCACCGGCGCCGCUGUCCUUUCAACAGUUCGAUUCUACCCCGCUCAGGCAAGCUAAGGAAUGGAGUCAAAUGGCAAGUCCCCUUCUGCAUACACCAACACCAGCCAACGCCAAUCUGACACCUGUUAACACACAUCUUCGAAAUAAUACACCCAAAACUCCGACGCCAUUCAAAAUAGCAAUGGCGGAGCUUGGCAAGAAAUCUGGUCUUAAGUAUGAACCGUCCAGCCCUGGGCGGCUGGUCGAAGACAUCACCGAGAUGAUCAAAAGGGAAGAGAACUCUGAUAGCACUGUUCAUCUUAAUGAUUCCAUGUUAUCGUCUACUGCUGACCAAGAUGCUGCCAAUGGACAGGUGAACGACUCCGGCAUAGGCAGCAGUAAGCGGCGAUGUUCAGAUUCAUCCCAAGCGGGAAAAGAAAACGUGCCGGGUGCAGGAGGUACUACCGGCGGACAUAAGCGGGCACGAAAGGCGCUAGCGCCCGCGUGGGGGUCGGCCGCCACUAGCACGCCGCAUUCGCAUGCAAAUCUGCACGCACACCCGCUAGUACCGGAUGUAUCUUUCAUCAAUGAGACGCCGAGCAAAACAUUAGCAGGGGAUAGCUCAGUAAUGUUCUCUCCGCCGUCCAUAGUAAAAAAUUCCUUAUUAGAAGAAUCAACCAGCCUCCACAGUCUAAUCAGCACCGACAAUACACCGGAAACGAGCAAAUACGAAGAUAUUGAUAUAGAAGCUGUCAUCAGUGAGAAAACAAAGAUUCGCCGUAUAUCUGGUGAGCCGAUAGUUGUGAAGAAAUCCGCCGUCAGAUCGAUCAAGUUUGACCAAGAGCCGAAAGAACAGGAAGAGAAGUCUUCCAUAACAUCCGUGUUUAUGUCGGAUGAUGAUAAAUGGGAGACGUUCGCGUGUGGCAAGACACAAGAUCAACUGGACUUAACUAUAUUAGCGCAUCAGUAUUUAAGGAAGACAGCGUUAAAACCUAGGUCCCUUAACUUCUAAACUAGAAUUCUUCAUUGAAUCUUCGCAUGUUUGAAGUGUGUAUCUGUUAGAGAUGAGUGAUAUUGUCAAAAUAUCAAGAUAUUGUUAGUUUAAUAUUGAUAAAUGAGUUAUUAUCGUAACUAAUUGCACAUGUAUCGAUAUUUUGCCUUAAGUAUCGAUAUUGUGAUAUAUUGACGAUAUACCAGUAUUGAUAUUAGUAUAUCGAUAUUUCAGUCCUUAAUAUUUCGAUAUUAUUCAUAAAUAUUGCUCAUCUCUGAUAUCUAAUAUAGAAUGGAAGCGCAACAAUGUUUUGUCAGUUUAUUGAUAUUGAAUUUUUUUUGUACAUAUUAUUUAUUUAAUUGUAUUCUAAGUGAUGAGCUAAUAUCAAUUAUGUAAAAAGUCUUCUGUAGCAAUAUAAGAGUAGCGUAGCGUCUACAUUUUAAAUUACGCUUGAAAUUUCUUUCUUAAUUCGAUUCAGUUGUAUUAGGCACAAUCUCUUCUAUCUAUAAAAAAAAAAAAACCUCAAACAUCUAUUAUAGCUAAGGAGGUGUUUUGUCUUAUUGUAUUUGUAUUAUUAUAGUGAUAAAACACUUAUAGUUAAAAUAUGUUUCUAGAAGGUUUAAUUUUAAUUUUAAUGAAGAAGUGUGUAUGUAGUUUCUUUAAUUAGUUUUAAUGUAGAUCAUUUUAAUGUAUGUUAAAGUACACUUAAUUUGCUUCUAUAUUAUGUAAUUUAUUAGCAAUUUUACCUCAACUAAAAUAUAUGUUUGAAAACAUGUAUGUAGUUAUAUUUUCUAUUAUUAUGUAAAGAUGGAAGUACAGAUUAGUAAAGUAAAAAAAAAGCAGUCAUGUGACAGAUACAGCAACAGUAUAUUGUUAUACCAUUUUAUUUAUAUAUUAUGUUCAUAUACUCACAAUUCUUUAAAUAGGCCGUACUUUAUUUUAUAUUUAUAUUAUGUAAAUGCAACUGUCAAUAUUGAUUGAAUCUUUUUUUUUUGAAUAAGGUGUGUGAUUAUAGUUAUAAGUUAGCAAUUAAUUAUUGAUAUAAUAUGAAUUAAAAAAAAAUUAACAAAAUAAAUAUUGUCUUUUAAGUUUUAUAUUCUUUUGAAAUAAUAUACUUCAUAUUAUAUCAAUUAUUUAAGUAGUUAAUAAAAGUAAUAAAUACGUUUUAAAUGUUUUACCUUUUUAAUAUUUGUGUGAAUACAGAUUUUAGUAAUUUUUGUGGUGGAUUAAAAUAUAGCAAAUUAUGUAGGUCUCUUCAUUAUAUGUACAAUAUAUGAACCGAUUUUGGAUAUAUUUACUUUUGUUUGUGUUGUCGAAAUUAAUAUUUUGUAUGUUUCUUUAGUAAAGUUUUCCUUUGGGCACAGUAUUUUUUUUUUAAUAUAAUGACAGAUAUUUACUAUUCGACGUUGGCGCUGUACAUUUUAUGUUUUAUAAGAGACGGAAAUUGACGUGAUAAUUUCUUUAAUAGCUGAAUUGAUGGGUAAUCACACCUGCGCUGUCGGUAUAUGCUGGCGGGGCACCAGAGAAAACAUAGAUAUCUAAAAAAUACUUCUGCCUCGAAAGCGGAAACAUGACAGUGCUACAGCUAUCAGUCUCGUGAUUACAACCGUUGUAGCUUGGUCGAAAUGUCGAAACAAUUCAGGUAAAUUACCAUAGUUUACCUAAAUAAUCACGUUAAUUCCUGUCUCUUAUAAAACAUAAUGAGAGAUAUAACUAAAAUGUUUCUUUUACAUCAAGUUAGCUUAAAAUUUGUGUAUAAAAUUUAAAUUGUUUUACUUGUUUUUUUUUUUUUUAUAAUAUUUUACUGUCAAAUGGAUUAUAUUCGUAGACGAAUAUCUAUUUAGAAUGAGAAAAAGUGGUUGUCUUGACACUGAUUCAAUUAAAAAUCAUCAAGUAUGAUGAAUGGGAUCAUAUUAUAAUAGCGCCAUCUGUGUUUAGAUUUUGUCGGCUGCCAUUUAGUGUUAAAUUUUUAAAUUCUAAAUUUAUUUACAUUAAACAGUCGGAAACAGUAAAAGAAUUGUACAGUAAAAACAUUUAAAAUUAUGUCUUUUGUAACAUUUUGAUUUUAUAAAUAAUUUAUUAGAAAUAUUCGUACAGUCACGUGUAAUAAUAUGUAAUAAUUUUUAUAUAUCUACAACUUUCUUCAACACAAAAAUAUACAGCUUAAAUUACAUGAGGUAAUUAUUAACAAAACAAACAAAAAUACACAUGCAUUGUAUAUAUUUGUAUUAUAUAAUAUAUUUUAAUUUAUUUUCAUUCAUUGUAUAACGAGGAUUGGUAGUAGAGGGCGAUACUGUGUCGCAAUUGAAAUUAGACAAAAGUUUGGAACAUAAAAGCACAAGCAUUUACAUUUUAUUACAUAUGACUGUACCGAAAAUUAUUAGAAUUAAUUUUACUUUAGAAAGCGAUAGUACAAAUUUAGGAAUAGACUUCGCAAAUUCGGGUAAUGUUACAAAAAUAUGACAUUCGGUAAUUUCGUAACUAAAUUAAACUAUAAAUGAAAUUAGGGAAUUAAAUUUAGAAUAGAAAUAGAGAGACAGGAUUAUUUGUCUUAUAAAUGCCGUUGUCUAUUUUUGUAUUACUAAUAAAUUGAUAAGUGAUAAGUUAUUAUUAAAAUGUAUAGUAUUAAGAAUUGGUAGUAAUUAUCAUUGUAUUCGGAUGGGAGCAAAUAUUACGAAUGAUUCUUAUUAUUUUGUUUUCUUUUUAACAAAUAGGCAAAGGUCGUAAACGGUACAGUUUAAUCUUAUUUAUGUCUAUACAUAUAUAUAAGAGAAUUUUUUUGAACUCACUAUGUGUGUCGUUACCGACAAUUGUUUCGACUUCAUUUGGAAAUCUUUAUAAAUUUAUUUUUAUAUUAUGUUCCAUUUAUAAUAACUACAAAUACAGAUGAUGUUAAAGUGGUUAGCGUCCCUUUAAGAGUCUGUUCUAUCAGAGAAUUUAAACAUUUUCAUUAAAGAAAUAUGCGUUGAAAAAUAAUAAAAAAAAAUUUUGUGUCCCAUAUUUUAGUAUCAUCAUCAUAUCAGCCGUUAACUGUCAAUUGUCCACUGCUGGACAUAGGCCUCCUCCAUAAGGGAUGUUAUGCCAAUAUUUGCCACGUUUGGCAGACGUAUUAGUAACCAUUAGUUCUUGGUGAUUUGUUUAAAAGGGACUUUGCUACUCGUUCCUCGACCCUCGGCCCUUGCCAUGCCUGGAUUAAAUUGUGAAGUUAGAAUCCUAUAUGAACCAUUUUUAUGUCGUGAUCCAAUAAGCUAAAAAAGUUAAGUAAAACAUCUUGCGACUGAAUUUACUAAUUAAUAAUCGAUCAGAAUAAUCAAAAAGUUCUUUCCCUGUAUUUACUACUACCACACUACUAUCUUAACAAUAGGUGACAGUAACAAGUGACGAUCAAACGGUACGUUACGUUAGACGCAUCUUUCGAGGGCUUAUUUUUCAAUAGACUGCGAACCGCUUCAAUGAGAAACGCGAACCCCCCCCCCCCCCCCCCCCCACGAUUGAGAACUAUAGGAGUGGUGGCCAAUUUGACUUGGCCCAAGAUCUACUGUUUAUUGACGAAACUCUGUGCGAUCUACAAACUACAUACUUCUUGAAAUCACAAAUGAAACAAUAUAGUUUCAGUACACAGUUAUGUAGUAUUGUAGUAUUUGUUUAUUUUAUUAAGAGGGAAAACAUAAAGCUGAAAAUUAUUUUUAGUAAAUUCUUAUUUAUAUUAGUGUGAGCAUUGUUUCUGAGCGUCUUUCGCUAGAUUAGCAAAAUGUUAUAUUUUUGCCUUGCCACGUUCGACUGGACUAUUAGUCGUCACGAUCUUGCCACAAUCGACCCCUGCUUUAUAGAGAUCCCUAUUUUUAUCUCACUGCUAACAACUUUGACUUCACCCUGUGAAUUUUUAAAUAUUUCAUUUUGCAAUAGUUAGACAGUGUUGUUUAUUUAAAUCGUGUUUGUAGAAAUAUAAAUAGAAAAAAAAGUUUUGCUACAUUAAUAACUUUAAGAAAAAUUAUGUAACGCUUAUUAAUUUUGUAGAUAAAUUUAAUAUAAGCGAAGAAAUAUUUAUAUAGCGUUCUAUUAUGUUAACUAUAAAUAACUUUAUUUUGCGUUUUACUUUGUAUUGUCUAUUCUGUAUUUUUUAUUUAGUUCACUGUAAAUUAUGGUAUUGAAUUUUGUAUCUUAAUAGUGCGUGUAUUCUUUUUCUAUAUUUUAUGUAAUUAUGUCGGAUAGAGAUAAAUUUAUAAGUUGAUGUAAGUGAUUCAAAAGAAAUAGAAGUAUGAAUAAAUAUUUUUUUCAAGGAAGUAACAACUUAGCUUCUCGAAAUAAAUGGCAAAGGUAUCUAUCGAUAGAUAUGUCAUCGCUACCGCAUGCUUGAGAUAGAACGAGACAUCAUUAUUCCGUGUCUUUUUUCCUCCUGUGCACACGAGAACCGAAAUUUAUUCAUCGAUAGACUUGACUACCGUUUCUCUAUGGGGCAGUUUAUAAUAUUGUUCAAAAGAGAAAAAUAAUUGUUUAUAGUAACUAUGAGACAUACAUACAUACAUUGUAUGUGAGUUUGAGUGUUUUAAAGUGGCAAUAAUUAUCAUCGCUCUUAUUUGUAAAAAAAUAAACUUUUCAUAAACUCAUAUUCAUUUAUUUUUAUAAACUUAUAUUUUAGAUAUUUAAUUUUUUUUGAGCCAAUUUUUUAGUUUGUCAUAAAGAACAUUACAUUGGUUAAAAUAGGUUUGAGGGAGAUUAAGUUUUAUGAAUGAGGUACUUAGGAUUCUUUUGGCGCAGUGGCAGCAAUUUUGAUGUACCUAAUUGAAACCUUCAAACUAUUUACUACUCGAACUAAUACUAUCUAAUAUAUAUAAUAUACUAACUAAUCGAAAAUUCAAUAUGAGUUCAAUUCACGCUGAUUUAUUUUGUUAUUGAUAAAUCUCUUUGUUCAUAUGUUUCAUUCUUGUGUCUCUCAGCAAUUGAUAUAAAUGCAACGAUUAAUUACCCAAAUUAUUCUGUUUAAUCAUAUUUUCGACAUGAUUACAUGAAAUAUAUUAGAGGGCGCCACCGCUCUAUCAAACGUAUGUUUCGUUUUAACAAUAGUUAUGUUAUUUUAAAUUUUGACUGGAAAUUGCAUUUUAAGUUGUCUGCCUUCGCCAUUACUAUGGUAUUAUGGUGUUUUAUACAAAGACUAAGGAAGAUUGUUUAGUUGUUAUUGUUUAGUUUAGUGCCCAUUGUACAUAUUUAAUAUUAAGAAGUUUUCAGUAAGAUGGAAAUAAAGAAAUAAAAAUAAAUAUAUAUAUAGGAUUUAUUUAUUUAGUUAUGUACCUAUCCUCUUUGAUUAGUUAAAAAAAAGUUAUAUCAAUUUUAGAACAUUUUUAUCCUUAAGACGUUCUAAAAGGAACUUUAAGAAAAAAAGUACAAUACAUAAAAAUAUUGAAGUUUUAAAAAAAAUCUCAAUAAUUUAAGAAUAAAAUUCCAGUAAUAUUUCAAAUAUAUUUUAUUUUACUUAUUUAUUUAUUUUUAUAUACAACAUUUAUUUACAAAUGACAUGUAAUGUAGUAUUUUAAUUAGAAUGUCUAUAUAUAUUUAAGUAUUAAUUAAACUUAAGUAAUACCUUAUUCAAGAAGAUUAGUAUCUUUUAUACAGUUAAUACGUAUCUUUCAUAAUUUUUAAUUCUAAAAUGCAUUCUUAAUACAAAUGUAAACUUGUCUUUUUACAUAUGCACUAAGCACAGAUUUCAAAAUACGUUGUUAGAACUCGUAAUAAAAAUAUAAAA